AUGUCUCUUACAAGAGCCAGCACAGAUACUCUCCAUGUUGAUACAGUAUACGAUGAAAACGGACUUAGUCUUGCCUCUCUUUGCUUAUCUAUCUGCUUUGUCGGAAAUAUACAGUCACAGUUGCAAAACCCACCCACAUUUAUUCCACUUAAAGUCUCCAUCCAUAUUCCUGAAGCAUAUGCCAGUCAAAUUUCACCCAUUGUAGAAUGUAUCAGCCUACAUGUUGCUUUGAGCGGUCGCCCAUCGUUGAAUAGUCUACCAGAGGGCAGCUUUCCCUUCUUUCCUCUCGCACCCAACUUCAAUCACCUCAAUGGUUGGACUUGGGCAGUGCUUGCCGAUACCAUUCAAGAUUGGCUUUCAAACAAUAUUUCUUUGACACGUUCAGAUGUGUGGUUGUGGGGCUGUGAAUCUUUUUGGAUGGCAUUUGUUGCAGCGUUCCCUGGAUUUCCACGCCGAGAAUGGCCACUGUGGGACCCAAAGAUUGGCAUGGAGGGCGAGUUUAUUACCUAUUGGAUGUCUGACUUUGGGUCAGGCAGUGAGAGAUCGCCCGAUGAUGUCCGGACUGGUGUGUGGAGGAAAUUUCAUGAUCUCGCAACUAUGCUAUAUCCGCUUCCUCUCUUUCAGGAAUAUUGA